AUGUCUUAAGAUAAAGUUUCAGAGUAUUUGACUAGAAAGCUUUGUUCAAAGCGCUAUGGUUUAGUUUUGGGAGUUGUGGGAUUGCUUGGUCUAUAGAAUUAUAGCUUUGCAUUUUUGACUGCUUAAAAAGUGAGAGCAAGAGUUUUUCCAAAAGAAUACAUGGAGAGUACAUUUGGGAAUCAAAUCAGAAGAGAAUUUGGGCCAGAUGCUCAUGUUCCUGGUAUGGGUUACCCUGAUAUGGGUGCUGGGCCUUUCUCAAAGUAAUUGGCUUAUAAAGAUUGGUUUGAGUUUAAUAAUGCCUAGAGAGUUCAUAGUAAUUCUCUAGAAUAAUUAGCUUGGUCAUUACCAGCAUUUCUAAUCGCUGGAAUAUUUUUCCCUAGAUUAGCAGCUAGCUUAGGUGGAGUAGUUUUUGUUGGUAGAGAGCUUUACAGAUAUGGAUAUAUGACAAAGGAAGGACCGAGUAGUAAAAUUAGAGAAAUGGGUGCAAUACCACUUAAUGUAGCUUAAUUAACUCUACUAUUGUGCAUUGGCUUUAUUGGAGUUAGGUAUAUGACAGGUGGCUUCUUAAAGAGAAGAAAAUUAAUAAAAAAACUAACUAUGUAACCUAUUGAUAGAAAAAUUGCUGAAGUAAUUGAAAAGGAAGCCAAGAAGAAAUAAGGAUGGGCUAACUGA